GUAAACAGAGGACGGCAGCAGCUGAGCGACACGUCCGCACAGGGACCAGCAGGGCCAAUAUGUCCCACUGAAAUGGCCUUAAAGUAAAAAUAUAGAUAUUCCAGUAGACUUUAGACGGGGUCGUGUCGGUGUGGAGUUUGAUAUAAAUGGAGGGAGACGCCGCUGUGGCUCUGGCCGCGGAGAGAUACGGCUCCGGAGAGUCAUGGAGGUUUUUCUUAAAGGACGGAAGACUGGAGAGGAGAAGAGACAGGAGGGAGGGAGCAGCGGCUGGGAGCUCUGUUAUCAGCGUGUUCAAAAGUGUCUUCCUGCCGCAGGGAUACCCGGACAGCGUCAGCGGCGACUACCUGAACUACCAGCUCUGGGACACAGUGCAGGCUUUCUGCAGCUCUCUGUCGGGCACGCUGGCCACACAGGCCUCCCUGCGGGGUGUGGGUGUCGGAAACCAGGAGGCCACCGUGGCUGCAGCCACCGUCACCUGGUUACUGAGAGAUGGCACCGGCAUGCUGGGGCGGAUCCUGUUCGCCUGGAGGAAAGGGAGCAAACUGGACUCGGAGGCCAAAAAAUGGAGGCUUUUCGCUGACGUUCUCAACGAUGUCGCCAUGUUCAUGGAAAUACUGGCUCCCAACUUCCCCGCUUGUUUCACCUUGAUCGUGUGCACCGCAGGGAUAUUCAAGUCCAUUGUUGGAGUCGCAGGUGGAGCCACCAGAGCCGCCCUGACCGUCCAUCAGGCCCGCAGGGACAACAUGGCGGACAUCUCUGCUAAAGAUGGGAGUCAGGAGACUCUGGUGAACCUGGCUGGUCUGCUGGUCAGUCUGAUACUGAUCCCCCUCGUCACCGACAAUCCAGCGCUGACCCUUGGCCUCUUCUUCCUCUUCACCAUCUUCCACCUGUACGCCAACUACAGGGCGGUGCGCUCGGUUGUCAUGGAGACCUUCAACGAGGCGCGGCUGUCCAUCGUGUUGCGUCGGUACCUGAGGGACGGGCGGGUCCUCGCUCCUCCGGAGGCCAAUCGGAGCGAGCCGGUUUUCUUGGAUUUUAGGAAAACAGUGCCGAUCAGACUCGGAGUGAGCCUGAAGGAACUUGUGCAAAGCCAAGAGGAGCUGAGUUUGGCUUUGAGGAACAACAACAUGCCUUAUCUCUUAGGAGUGAGAAAUGGGUGUGUGUGUGUUUGCCUGGGACCGGAAGCGUCUGUGUGUGACGAAAUCAGAGCGAUGUGCCAAGCGAUUUGCCUCAGCGGUGCAUUGGACCCUGCAGCACCGCUCGCUGUCAUACAAAAGAGCCAAAAUCACUGGGAAAUGGUGCAUGACAGCCACAAGCUGAUGGACCAGAUUUUCAAUCCGUUUCUCAAAGGUGCAGAGGCGGCCGGAUGGCAGAUCAGUCGAACUCUGCUGAGCUGGGACGAGUGGAGAGUCGAGUGGAAAACAAAGAGCAGCUGAAGUGACGCAUUUCCCUCCCUGAUUAUUCUGUCACGGCCUUUUCAUAUUGUAGUACUCUCUGAAUAAAGCCAAAGUGAUUUUUAGUAAUCCA